ACGACAGCAGUCGUGUGAGGAGUGUAGUCCGGGUUAGGUAGGAUGCGCGUGCCUGGGUGCGGUCUGCCCCGACGAGCAGCAUCCCAAGAAGCCCAGCCGGCCAAGGGCUGGGCCCCGUCGACGCCGCGACUCUAAGACGGAACUUUUGUUGCAAGCGCACCAUUCACUACUCAUGUUCAUCCCGGAUACCCUGAGGAGCUGCAUGGUGGAACCGGAUGUCUCGACUUAUUUGCAGGCCCCUUCCGUAGGACAGGAUGAGUUCCAUCCAUUCAUUGAGGCUCUCCUACCAUUCGUGAAGUCUUUCUCGUACACGUGGUUCAACCUACAGGCGGCGAAGAGGCGUUAUUACAAGAAACACGAGAAACGGAUGAGCCUUGAAGAAGAACGUCAGUGCAAGGAGGAACUCCAGAACGAAAAGCUGGAGGUAAAACAGAAAUGGGCAUCGCGGCUUCUGGGAAAAUUACGGAAAGAUAUUACGCAAGAGUACCGAGAAGAUUUCGUCCUAAGCAUCACGGGGAAGAGACCAGCCAUGUGCGUCCUUAGCAAUCCUGACCAGAAGGGUAAAAUGCGACGUAUUGACUGCUUACGGCAAGCUGACAAGGUAUGGAGAUUGGAUCUGGUAAUGGUGAUCCUCUUCAAGGCGAUUCCCUUGGAGUCCACGGAUGGGGAGAGACUGGAAAAGACUGCGGAAUGUGCUCAACCAGGACUCUGUGUCAACCCAUACCACAUCAAUGUCUCCGUCCGCGAACUCGAUCUUUACCUCGCCAACUUUAUAACCAGUCACGAAGUCCUAAAUGGUAUCUGCAAUGCGACGAAGGAAGAAGAAAGGCGGCGAAAAGGUGCAGGUUACCACGAACUGUAUAACGGUGUCGUGUGCAACGACACGAUCCUCGCGACUGGCGUCUUCAGCUCCAAGGAGCUCUGGAUGCUUUCAAAAGCAUCCAUACUACAUGACCUCAGCGACAUGCAGCCUCAAAUAAACGCGAUCAAAAUAGAGCAUCCGCCGUACUACUGCAGCAGCUAUACACCACCGUCGGCCGCUACGGCCGCCGAGCACGGACAGCCCGCGGCUAACUUCAGUCCGCCACCGGUUCACCAGCUCAUACGCAACGACAAGACUGACAAGGCUCCGACGGUCUCGGUAUCGAGUGCCCCAACUUUUUCACCAGUUCUCAGACCCGAGGAUGGCGGCGGCGGGGGUAAUGGAGGACGCGGCAUGGACUCGCCGCACUCACAAACGGGUUUACACUCGCCGCAUGAAGGUUUGGCCGGGGGAUCUGGCCAAAGUAUGUCCAGUCUUGCCUAUUAUCAGCCAGAGCAUUCGGGCUCAGCUGGUGUCGUCAAGUACCCGGAGAACGGCCACGACACGCUCUCGGACUUCGUGACGUUCGUUUGUCAGGAAGCCGAGAAUACUCAGCAAUUACCCCAGACGCAACUCGCGGGACCGCGGUCUGGUAUGCAAAAGUUCUCACAGUAUUAUCCGAGCUCGAUGUUACCACCGCCGCCGCCUGCGCCAAUGGCCAGGCCGGUCGCGAUCAUCAGGUCGACGGGCGAACUUACGGCGAGUAGCGCAAACUCUCCGCCCAACUCGGCCUCCUCGCCUACCGAUCCUUCGGACCUAGCUUCGAACCCCCAGGACCAGAUGUCCGCCGCAGCGGCAGCAGGACUCGUUGGCUCGGCCUGUCAGACGUCCGUCGAUCCUGGCGGUCGUAAGAGCCCCGCGAGGAUUCUCGUUACGGCGCCUCACACGAGUCGGGAGUACACCUUCGCUCAUUUUCAUUCGCAGCCAGGGCAGCAAAUUUUCACCUACCCCACGAUCGGCUCAAUGUCGGGCGUAAUUUCCCCGACGAACCUAUCGCUUUUCUCGUCGCCGGUCCCGGUGACAAGGCCAGUGGCGACCCAGAGGUCCGUAUCCAACAUACCGCCACGCUGGAACACAGCGCCGUUCAUAAACCUCGAGGAUGAUUACAAUAUGAUAGCGCCGAUUAUCGCAGGAACAGCCACCGAGCCACCCACUGCAAUGGAAGAAGAACGAUACUUCCAUCCCGUCCAUACGAGCAGCGUCGUUGACAAAAAUGGUAAUGGCGGACUAAUGGGUGCAGACAUUGGUGUUGGUACCGAUCCUACAACGCAUCAUCAUCAGCAACAGCAGCAGCAGCAGCAACAGCAACAGCAACAGCAACAGCAACAGCAGCAGCAGCAACAGCAACAGCAACAACAACAACAGCAGCAGCAGCAGCAACAGCAAGUGAUGCAGGAAAAACUCGGCAGGCCAAAGUCUCCCCCGUGACACUGGAGGACCGUUAAUUACGUACGACCGUGUGAUGUUCCGGAUAUGGCGCCCAACAGCUCCACGAAGGAAUUAUCCAGCACAUCGCGCCGCUGUUGUUUGGCCCGAUAGACCAUCUAAUGGCAAUUAUCAGUUUACGAUUACAUACUCUCGUACACACAGUCAAGCUAUGCUUCCAGUACGCCGUUCGUGCAACGAUUGAAUGCGAUGUUAUUAGGUUAGAAUAAAACCCUCUGGCCUCAGCCCUCGUAAAUCGCUUUGCCAACUUUAAAUUGUAUUUGGUUUUCGUUUUCUUUUGAUUCUUGAUGGAAAUUUCUUGAGUAAUCGUGGGUGGGUCCUCUUAUUACGAGAUUGUCUACGUAUUACAACUUUUUAGGGAUUUCGUAGACAUUUACAAAUGAUAUUUCGUACUCUUGUGCCAAAAACAUGGGAAAAAAAACACUAAUAUCUUUUCUAUUUCUUACGAGCGUAUACUUUAAUGAUAUUUAUAAUGAUAAUAAUUUUCGGAUAAUGACUUGUCACUUUUGUCAUGUUGUACAUGAAGUCUAAUCGAAAAUUUUCAACCAAACUGUUUGUACUCCAUAAAUUUCCACUCGACGAGUUUAUAAGCUAUAAACGAAGUUCACAAUUACGGUUUUCAUAAAAAAUGUUAACAGUGCUACAGAGUCUUCCAACUCCUUGCAUACACAUUACUUUAUUAUUUGCGAUUCUAAUAUAGCACAGUAGCUUGUAUACCUUAUCUUUUCAUACAUACUCAUACUGACCUGCACUUUGGUACUUCAACUCUCGAACAUAGUGUAUGUGAAUAAUACAGCCAUUUGACAUGAUUGAUAAGCG